UUACGCUAGAGAACAAAGAACAGAGAUACAUGUUCUGAGGGCCACCGCCGCGAUAUAAACACAGCUCUCGAUCCGCCCGCACUCAUUUACCGACAGUACUUCAAAUAAACGACAUGAUCUCCACAAAACAGCUAGUAUUCCUGCUCUGCGUCAGCUCGCUGUCAGCAGUCCUGUCAGCGCCGGAUAGCGCGGGCGACGUGCCGCUGCCCGGACCCGGACUUGUCUAUGGUGGUAUUCCAUACGGCAGUAUGAGCGGCAACGUCGCAGAGUUUUUCAGACAACAGGCGCAACCUAGCGGGCGCAGCGGGAACUACGCCCACUUCAACGGCGCUGGCAACUCAUUGGAGCACGGUUACGCGCCAAUAGAGCAGUAUUUAUAAUGUAGAUGGCGUUAGUUUCUCUCUAGAAAAAAGUGAUUUUGAUUUUAGUUAUUUUAUUGAUAUUAAAUAACAAGGAAAGCUAGUUGUUAAUGAAAACCAAUUUGCCAAGUGCCAUAGAUUAAUCAUCUCUCUUUUGUUAGUUUGAGUAAAUUAAAUAAGUUAAAACCUAAAUUAAGAGCCUUUGAAU